CACCCCGCGCCCCCCCGCGCCGCCAGGGACAGAGGCAGUCUGUUGGUGGAUCGGCCAGCGGUUGGAUGUCCCUGUCCCUCCCCUCGCCCCUCGCCCGCCGCUGCCUCGCCAUGGCGCCCUCGCCGCUCCUCGCCUGCCUCCUCCUCGUGGCCUCCGCCUCCUCGCUGGCAGCGCCCGUGGAAGACGAGUCCAUCUUCGCUUACGAUGAACUGUCGUCUUACCUGGAGGCGGACAUCCUGCCAGAUAAGGAUCACGUGUACACUCUCAUACACCACACACACACCCACGGUCACACCCAACCCCCUACGAAGAUGGCCAUGGCAGACAACCAUCGCCUGUGGCCCGGGGGGAGGGUGCCCUACAGGAUUGACUUCGACGAAACUGAGCAUGUCUAUAUCUACAACCUCCUCCUCUCCGCCAUCACGCGCAUGAAUGAACUACACUGCGUGAACCUUGUGAUCGCCGGGAAUGAAGCGGAGGACUACGUGUCUAUACAACUUGAGGAUUUCCUUUCUUCACACCUGGGGAGGCAGGGCGGGGAACAAGUGCUCACCAUCUCCCUUGAUGCUAACGUGGGCACCAUCAUGCACGAAUUCAUGCACACGCUUGGUUUCGGACACGAGCAUAACCGCCCUGAUCGAGACGAGUACGUAACGGUCUAUUUUGACAACAUCCAGGAGCAGGCCAAACCCUACUUCCAAAAAUACGGAGCCGAGAGUGGCCUCAUUGGAGACUUGACGCCCUAUGACUACACCAGCAUCAUGCACGCCACCAACCAGCACAGUGAAGACAUCAACAUUGACACCAGUAAGCCAGUCAUUGAAAGGAAGGACGGUGAGCUAAGCCUGGGGCAGAGGGCGCACCUCACAGAGGGCGACAAAGCACGGAUGCGCCUCGUCUACAGCUGUGACAUGUGUGACGACCCGCAAAACGAGAGCAUGCUCUUCCGGUACCCUGGCAACUGCAACAUGUACUACCAGUGUGCCCAGGGACAGGCUGUACCCAGAAACUGCCCUCAGAACCUCCACUUCAGCGUGUCGACAGACAGAUGCGAUUACGCCUUCGAGGCUAAUUGCACGUUCGUUGGUCUCGCGUAGGCAGCUGUGGAGAGCGAUUUGUUUACGUUCGUGGAUUCGCGCGGAUAUGAAUGCGAGAACGACGAUAGAGUGUGAAUGGCCGUCUGCUUCGUGUCUGAUUUUUUUUUUUUUUAUGACGAAGAUGUGGAUGUUAAGGAGGAAUAAAAGUGGCAACACUUCAGGUGAAAACAGGAUGUUGAUUUGCUGUAUUUUUUUUUCUUGGAGUGUUCGUAAAGUUUAAAAAAUAUUGGAACUUUAUAUGUAAUUAAGAGCGACGAGUCAUCGCUAAAUCCAUUUCAUAGUUUUUGGGUUUCUUUGAGAACGACAUAAUCAGGGGUGUCAUUAGUGUGUGUGGGGGGGGGGAACUCCCCAUUCUACUAAUUGCCCACCUCAAAUUCUGGCUCCCCCCCCUCCCCAAAAUUACACAGGCAUAGCAAUGGGACAAAAUCAAAAAUGAUUUUUUUUUCAUUUCACUCGCCGGCCUCAACCCCCCCCCCCCCGAAAAUGCUGAUAUGAAGCCCAUGGAUGUAAACUGAAGUUUUAAGAUAAGUAACUUUAAGGUAUCUGGGACUGACAUCUAGAUUUAUAAGUUUGUGCUUUAGUUAACCUUAAUCAACACACACACAACCACACACACACACACACACACACACACGCACACACACACACACACACACACACACACACACACACACACACACACACACACACACACACACACACACACACACACACACACACACACACACGCACACACACACACACACACACACGCACACAAAGGUGCACUCACUUUUCAUGAUUCAACCAACCUUGGUAUUGGAAACGUUUGUUAAUAAAGGGUUUUUGAUGGGAACACUGCACCAGUUUUUUAGACACCCUCUGAAUCUGAAGUUCUGAAUAUUAAACAUUAAGAUAGUUAAGUAAAGACUCACUGUGAUAAGAUAUCAGGAUAAAAAAAACAAAAAACAUAGUUUUAUUGUUACUGUCUGGUAUCGUUAUUGUUUUCCUUGUGAUCACUUGCUAUUAUAACAUUACUGAUUAUUUCACAGCAACACCCCAUAUUGUUAUCGUGUUUAUUAGCAUUGUGUAAUCUCGAAUGCAUUGCCACUAUUACUGUAGUCAUUGUUCACAAAUAACAUACAAAGUACAUAUAUAGGCUUGACAUUUCCUGACCCUUUCCUUUGUAAAAAAAAAAAAGAAAAAGAAAAAAAA